AUGCUGAGCAUCUCCUGCUCCCAUUGCUCGACGCUCCGCCCAGCGGUGACGAGACUUCGAGUGAACAUCGUCCGCUGGGCCCGAGAGCCUCGGAAUAUUAUUGAUUCUCUAUCUAUCACCUUGACCGCGUCCAACAAGCACAAGCGCACCCUCCCGAGUCGCCCAUGGAGUGUGCACCCCUCCGUCGACGGCCCCCUAGACUCGCUUGCAUAUUACCGACCUUCCCUUACCCUGUUGCGCAGUCAGCAAGAGCGUCAGCCAGGCGACGAGGACAGCGCCCACACUCUCACCAUCCACUCGUCUUCUCCCAUAGCCAUCCGCCUCAUCAAUCGGCAAGCCAGCGACCACCCAACGAGCGGAUCGCCCCACGCAUUCCGACUGAGCACGUCGAUUGCGGAUGGCAGGCGAAUUCUGCUUCGCUGCUGCCUGCUCGCGGUAGGAUUCACGGGCAGAGGUAUUCAGAACCGCAGCGAACCCGACGAAGUUCUCGGGGUCAUUGAGGUGCGUAAAUACGUGGACUUUCUGAGACUCCCGAGCCGCCGGAGGCACGCGCGGGGCUACUACAGCGAAGGACGCGAUAUCAUGAGAUACAAGACGCAGCUGCCGAUGCGAUGGGCUGACUCGCGAGAGGCUGGUCACACAAUGGGUGACCGACCGCUUCGUGACACGAGUCCGUUACGCUGUCUCCACGCCCCUCCCCUUUUGCUCUGGGGAGGGGAGACCAUGCCGGUAAAAUACAUCGAUUCUGGCCCGUUCAGGCAUCGUGCAUACGUUGCAGACGCCAUGCAAGCCGGUCGUCCGGGCCUUUCAAAUCCACUUUUAACAAUAGCCCACCGCAAUCUGAAUGUCGAGCACAUCGUUCAGGACUACAUCUCGAGAAUCGCCUCAAACUUCUCAUUCGAUUGA